CAUUUUUCCCGCCCACAUUCCAGCAGCGUCCGUAUGUAAUGUAUUCACGGUCCAAACGAGUCUACAGCGAAGUCGUGACGGUCAUAAUCUAAGAAGCAUCUCUCGGUGAAAAAUAAUGACCGUAAACUUCUCUCCAGCCAAAAAUCUGCCAAUAAUAGUCGACGCAAGGGGGGCAUUGUCGCGACGAAAGUUCAUUGCUACACGAUGUUCGCGUCCGGACCGGCAGCAAUUAUGCCAAACGUCAAAUUAUUUUACACGGAGCUGAGAGAAUCGUCUUCUAAGCGUUUUACCUGUCGGAAGUGAUAAAGAAAGGAAAGUGCGAAAAUGGAACCCGUUGAGAGCUUUAUGGAGAUGCUCGCAAGAGCCUGGCGCGUCGAUGACAAACAAGCGUUGAGGAGGAUUUUCGGCAAUGCGCCCGGCCACUUGCAGAGUGUGCCCGAUACGUACAGAGAAACUGUUUUGAGAAUGAUUUUUGAUAAGAAUAAGGGAAUCUUUAAGUUUAUCAACUCAGUAUUAGAUAUGCAAGCAUCUUGCAUAAACCAAUAUGAUGAAGUUCUAAAACAAGUUUUUCACUUACUACAAUUCAUUAUGCAAUUUUUCAAAUUGGAAUAUGAAGCAUAUAUUUUGUUAACCAAGGUUGUUUGUCUACGCUGCAUUAAAGAACAUUUUUCUUUGGCUGUUAAAAUAGAAGCUAGUAAAACUUUUAAAUUAUUAAUUCAACUUUUUCAUGCAUAUGAUUUAAAAUUAGAUGAAAUUGUUGAACUUUACAAAGACGAAAAAGUAUUCAUUAUUGUUGUUGGUGCUAUUGCCAAAUAUUGCCCUAAAACAAAUAAUUUGGAAAGUCUAGCUGACUCUAUUUAUUUAAAACUGCUUAUGGAAUUAAAUGAACAAUGCAAACUCUCAGGAAGACUGCGACAACAUGAAUAUAUAAAGGUUUAUCUAUAUUGUUUUUCAGAUAUGAUAAUGAAUUUCAAACCUUUUAAAGAAAGUUCUAACUCUGAUUAUUAUAAGAAAUUAUAUGAUAUUUUUUCAUUGUUAUAUGAGCAUCAUAGUACUUCAGAGAUAAGAAAUGAAAUAAUUUUAGUUCUGAUUAGUCAAAUACAGCAGUUCUCAACUUAUAUUUUCAAGGACUACAAAAAGUGGCACAAUCUGUUUCAAUAUUUAUGUAACAGCGAUCCAAUUAUUGGUGAAGAUGCAACAAAAGCAUUUUACAAAAUGAUGUCUUUGCAACUAAUGGAAACAUACGAUGAAGAUAUUUUUUUUAAUUUCAAAAACUAUUUUUCAAUGAAACUGGGUGAUGAGAAGUUAUCGUGCGAUGAAUUAAGUUUGGUAAUAUAUGGCUUUGGAUAUUUUUCUGCUGUGUACGCAAAGUAUUCACCAUUAGAACUUGAUGAAGUCUUCCAAAAACUUUCCUACCAAACUAUUUCUUUCCCUGCAAAAAAAAACGAUGUUCAGAUUAUUCAAAUGCUGCCAUGUUAUUUACAAGCUGUUACACAAAUUUCAAAUUAUAUGCCCAACUUUAAAACUUCUCAUCUUGAUAUAGCGAUAAAGCUCAGUGUUUUUAUCUUUGAAAAUUUUCCAGAACUAGAUGAUAGGAAUAAAUGUAAUGCAAUAAAAGCACUUAAAAUUACUUUUAAAAAUAUUUACAAGUUGGAACAAAUCUUUCAACGACAAUAUUUCGAUCGUUUGUUUUACAAACGAAUUGUAUGGUCGUGUUCACAUCCUUUGUUCAUCGAUGUUGAGCUUCAGCAAGAAAUUCAGAAUCUUUCAGAGCAUCCUGUUUUUUGUUACAAAGACUCAUUGCAACUUUGGCAUGGACUGUUGAAAACACACAAGCAUGAUGAAAUAUUAGUCAAAAAUAUCUUCAAAGAAGUUAUCUCAGUUCUAUUUAAUUUUGUUGAAAACUUGAAUUUGACUGUCAAGUCUCAGCAAAAUAAGUUUCGGCCAGAUGUAUCUUUAUCUCAUAAAGCGUUAAACGAAGCUCAUUUUCGAUAUUUUGUAAAUCUUGUUGAUUUAUAUGUAGACAUAUUUAAGGAAGUAGAAGUUAGCUUACUUCAAGUGCACGUGGAUAGAUGUUUAAGGUAUUUUAUAAAUUGUUCCUAUAAGCAUCCAAUAGUUUCCGGCUUCUACAAGCUGAUUGAAGCUAUUUUUAAAAAAUUGGAUGAUCUCUACAAUUAUGAAACUCACUUUCAUAAGUAUACACGCGAAUUAAUUUCGCAAUAUCUAGUAGACGUUCUACAACGAAUAAGUGGAUUUUCGGAUGAAUUGCUAUUAUCUUGUAUAUAUUUAGUUUUUAGCACUCCAUUAUUUUUCAUCAGAGAUAUAGUUGAUGAAACAAUUUCCGUCUUUGAAAUCGCUUUCAAAAUUGGUUUAAAGAAUAAUAUUCCGUUAACAUUUCAUGCAUUAGAAACAUUAGAAAAAUGGAGUAGUAGUUUUAAGGUUGAAUACUUGCAUGAAGUUUGUAAAAAUGUAAUAGUUUACAUUGAGCCAUACUUUGCAAUGCAACCAAAUUUUGAAGAUGAAAAAGAUAAAAGUGUGGAAGCACUUAAAAGAAAAAUUCUUUCUCUCUACAGUUCACUUGACCAGAAAAUUUUAAUGAAUAUCAUCAAUGAAAAAUCGAUUGAUACAGAUUUACUGUGGACCAAAAAAAAAUUACUACUAUUCAAACUUCAUUUCACUGACAUUCAGUUUGAAAUUAGUUUUGAUAAAUUUAUGUCCAGGGUUAUUGAACUUACAGAGACUGAAAACAGAAGGAAAAAAAUUUCUGCAUGUGAAUUUUUGCACGUCCUUGUUACCCUUUUAUUGGGAAGGAAAGUCACUGAUUGCUGUUUUAAAAAUCUAUUUUAUGUAGUUUUAAAGCUAGGAUGUGAUAUGGAUGACACGGUAUGGAAUUUAUACCAUCCAUUAGUAAUUCAACUAACUCAUUAUCUGAGUUCCAAACAAAUGAUAGAGUCAAAAGUUUCUCAAGAGUUUAUAAAUUCAUUGUUUGAUGGUUUAAGCCAAGAAUUCAAUCCUUCUUUACGAGAUUAUUGUGGUAUCUGUUUGAAAGAAUUCGUACGCUGGAUGAUAAAGCAAUCACCAGGAAAUGAUUCUUCUAAGUCUACAAACUUUAGCGAUCUUUUCAAUCGAAUAAUAAAUUUUGCACUUCAUCAAUCAAACAACAAAAAAUUGGCUGCUGUAAUAGCAUUCAAUUAUUUAUACAUAAUUCUUGAAGGAAGCAUUAGUGUAAUAAACACAUACUGGUUGGAAUUCCUGUAUGCAUUUGUUAAAUGUUUAGAAAAGUGCAAUGACAUAAGAGUUGUCAGUGCUCUUAAUAACGUAGAAAGUGUUAUAGGAGUAACACAAGGUAUACUAAAUGCAAAGAGUUUUGAUAGGAGAAGGCAUAUAGAAUUCUCAAGUGAAACUCUUCGAGGUGCUACUAUGUGGCUCUUUUCUCAGUGCGGCGUGUUGAAUGCACAUUGUAGAGAAAAAAGCAUGCAACUUUUUGAGAACCUCUGUGUUCUUGUUACUGGGUGUAAAUACGUAAAAAACUUCAUUAGUUCCUGUGGCAUUGGCUGUGUAAAUGCAAUAGCUCUUAAGAAUUUAGAUGAACAUUUCGAUAGUAUUAAUGUAAAAAAUACAAAGACUUUUUUAAGAAGUUUAGAUUUUUACAUUUGGAUGUUCAAGAAAAAAUAUUUAACACCAAAAUGUGUUUUACUAGUUGAAAAUGAUAGUGAAGAAGAAGGUAUUUUCUUGAGAUUUUUUACGAAAUUCGUAUCAAAAUUUAUUGAUAACAAUAUCACAGACAUUAUAAAAACAACGACCAAUAGUUAUAAAGAAGCUGAAGAACUGAAUAAUUCUCUGAACGCAGUCAUGUUAAAGAUCAUCGAAUUCACAUCAGUAGUAUUAGAAACCGAAGAAGAGAGAUUGGAAAAAAUUUUAAAAAAUCUUUGGAAUAAAAAUCUAAACAUAUUGAUAUCACGUUUUACGCUUUGCCCUCGCGAACUUGGACUGACUAGUAAAUCGCUCCAAACUUUGCCAUCUCACAUACUGGGCAACUGGUUUCGCUUGAUAAUGAAAAAGCUACCGGAACCUUAUUUAAAGGAAUUAAAAGAGAACUUUUUCAAUGAAAAGACUGAAGACUGCAAAAAUUUUGUCAACAUUUCAGAAAUUAUUAGCCUUAAAAAGGACGUCCAAUCUCUUGGCGAUUUCGUGUACGGUAUGAUGCUCCUGAGGAACUGCAAUUUUUACAAUCCUGAAAAAGAGCACGAGCUUUCCAUAGACUAUUCGAAAAAGAUAAUUUUAAGCAUUUUCGAAGGUCUCAAAGUUGUGAAAAUGAACGGUUACGCGAAUACAAAAGUGGAAACUAACAUUACAACGUAUUUGAAAGAUCUUCUGCGAUUUUUCCUCUUAGAAUACAAGCCCGAGCUUAUCGAAUGUGUGGUGGAUCUAAUCACCAACGAUCCAUCCUUCGCCUCCUCCUCUGAUUCCACCACGGGUUACUAUGAAGAAUUCUACGAGCCACUAAAAGUACCAAUCUUUCAGUGCAUGCUAAAGAACCCACCUCUUAGUCUGCGUAUCCUCGAUUCAAAGCUGCAUGACUCUCCAGACAAGCUGUUCGCUCUCAUUGAAAAUCUACUCUACUUUGCACAAAGCUAUCACACAAAUCAAUCCGAUAUAUUGGCUAACGAAGUAAUCAAGAAUUGUGAUAAUUACCGAGCAUUACUUGGCGAAAACGAUCGUCGACUAGACAGGUUCUUUAGCCUCAAUACAAUAGCCGUGGACUUGAAUCCUAUGGACGUGAUGCCGGCUGAUGGUACGCCUAGCGGGUUGUACGGAUGGAUCCUCGAAGAGUUUAACAAAGCCGAGAACCUGGGGCGCAAAGCUGUCAUCAUCGAGAGAUUUCUCAUCUGCAUGACUGACGAAACGAGCAAACAAAAUCCGGAUCUAACUUUGGUGUUAUGGAAUCUCAGACCCGGUAAUACGGACUCUUGGCUACGCGAACUUCGAGCCAGUGAGAUCGAAAGAUCUCGAGCUGUCCAAUGUUUAAGAUCUCUACUAAAAAUGCUAUUGGUAACCAAGUCCUGGAUAGUCUUCGAAGGCCUUAUCAAAUACGCAGCUGGCGCUUGCAAGCUUUUCGCGAAAGAAAAUAUAGCUGAACACGUUAAAUCCUACUUCACUUCAAUUGUCGCAGACAGUAUAUACCAGCUGCUCGGUAGCAUCUAUCAGAUCUUCCAAGACACGACGAUCUUUGACGAAAACGAACGGCUGGAUAUCCUCGAGUAUUUCUUACUACCAUCGUUGGAGGCUUGUCGCGUGUCUGUCGUUGGCAAAUUUUACGAGCAUACGCGCGUAGAACUCACUAACAUCCUGACCAACGGUCUGAAUGAGUUAGACCAGACCGAACGCAAUCAGAGUCUUGUGAGCCGGAUAGGGAGUUUCAGAAUCUUCGAGCUAAUGUUCGGUAGGCUGACGAGUCCAGCUAAAGGGUCGGUGGAUCUACUGCUGUUGGACAAGAGUCUCGAGAUCCGCAGCUUUUCUUCUACCGCCACAGAUGAUAAAGAAAUCGUCAGAUUGCUUCACUGCGCAGCCUUAAACUGUUGCAUUGCAGUAGUCGGUUCUAAAAGGGAUGACGAAAAACAUGCGGUUGUAUUCCGAGAGAUACCCGAAAAUAAUAUUCUCUUCUGGGAGCGGAUCGUCGACUGCGAGAGAAAGUACAAUUUUCAACCAGGGCCGCAACGCUUAACGAAAAGAACAAUCAAUAUACGCAGGACCCCCGAAGACCUGCAGAUACCGAUCGAGCCAACAUUCGAUUUCUACUUCAGCCGAUACGAUCCGACAGAUAUCGACUUUAACAAGAGCAAUAAUCCAACAGACCGAAGACAAUCGCUGAGUCUUGAAGAAGACGAGUUCAACGAGCACGAAUGCACGGCGAUGAUCACUGGCGCGAUCAUCCAUCUAUCUAAAUCGAUGACACGAUUGCCUGAUGUAGGCGACGAGGUGGCCGAAACUGACCUGCCCUUGUGGCUUCUUUGCUUCAGAGGCGCCUUUAACACCAGUCAAGAUAACGUCAGGCUUCUACUAAUGAGGAUCGUAAGCAACGCUAGGAAUGUCUUUGUCCCUUACCUCAGAUCGAUGUUCGAGGAACUUGCAAAAACCGUAACUCAUUAUCUAAAAGAGAACCCGCUGAACUAUCUCGUUAGAAACAUUUUGUUUAUAUUCAUAGAAUGUAAGUACGAUUUGAAGAGUCAGCAGGAGGUAUCGAUAGCUCAGAAGCUUUUUGAAGCUGUGAUCGAUAGAUCAAUGGAUGAGGACGACAAAGUCCGUCUCUAUAACGUUCAUAUGAUGGAAGGUCUUGUUAACAUGUGGGAGGAGCGAUUGCAGACGCCAAAUAAUCUGGAAACAAUCAUUGCCAGAGAAGGAGAGCUGUCGAUCAAGAUUGUGCUCACGCUGUUUAGACAUCGCAUUGACAUUGAUAAUCUGAUCAAGAAGCGCGAGGUGCACAAGCUCGUGAGGAAACUGAUGUUCAAGUGGCAGGAGCCUACUGCGCCGCAAGCGUUUGAAACUUUGGGCUGGAUCAUGAGAUCUAUCACGGACGAGCAGAGAGACGUUUUGAUCAAAGACGAUCUCGUGGAUUUAUUCGUCGAUAUGCAAAGAUUAAGCAAAGACAUCUGCGUCCGUAAUUUCUAUCUCACCUUCAUCGGUUGUCCCGUUUUAUCCACACGCGAGGAGUUGCGUCAAUUUAGAGAUCCAGUGCCACUAGAAAAUGAUGAACGUCGGGCUGAGUGUUUCGAGAUAUUUCUGGAGUCCAUGACGAACCUUACAUCCGAGGAGAUAUUCUCGAUGUUAAAUUCCAUGAACCUCACAGGACUAUUACAUGAUCGAGUUUUACCUUGUGUCGACGUUGGCUUCAGGAUACUUUAUAGACUUACGUUCAUUCUUGAGGAUCCUCAACUACUGCCCUUUGCCCAGGUGGUCGAAGUUUACACGAAAAGAGAGACGUUGCUGGAACAUAAGAAGAUGGCUUACGCAUUUUUCAUGCAUAUAUAUGAGAAACGCACUAAUCAGGAUAAUAGAAUGGAUGUCGAGGGUGAAUCAAGUCCCAACGCACUACUAAUUUUGAGCCGUAAAGUCCUGAUCAAUGGUACGAUCGAUCCGAGCGAUGAGGUCCAGGACUUGCUAUUGACCUUCUGGAAGGAGCGUCUCGCAGAUAUCACCUCGACUUCCCAGCGUCUUUAUCAUCUGUUCAAACUUUACACACCAGAGAUCCACGUCAGUUUUGCCCAGUUCUUUUGCGUGAUGAUGCUCGACUUAACGACUCAUUCACCUAUAGACAACCGGACCCUUUUUGCACCGUUAGCUGAGUGUUGGUUCGAAGACCACGAAGUCGCGACGUCCAGGAGAUGGGAAAGAAGAAGGAAUAGGAAUAUCAGAUCGGCGCCGUUGUUCGCUCCAUCGUUGACCGGAAUGUUGGAGUGCGCCGUUGUCGAGCAAGGCAGCCGAAUGAGGAGAUUGGAUAGAGAUGAGAGACUUCAGGAGACGCCGGCUGGAGCUUUAGCUAUGAGCUUGGAUGUGAUUGACCGGUUGACAAGGCCCAACGGACCGAUCAGAAUCGAACGCGCGCCAGAUCCUUCGAGAAUUCAAACGUCACACCAAAAUAGGCAAACUUCUACCUCAUCGCAUACGUUAGUUGACAAUUACUACGAAAGAGUUAAACAAGAAAGCCUAGAACACAGGGAGAGCGCGAAAAUAAAUCGCAGGUACCGAAUCGGCAGUUACCCAGACAUAGAGAUCACACAGUCCGACGUCGUGGUAACCCUCGACGAUAUUGUUCGCCAGGAUGCGAAAUUCGCUAACGAUCUUGUAGUCUCUAUUAUUUGCGCGAUGGCUGAGAACAUUGAAGAUGAAGCCUUCCACAGAGAAUAUAUGAAUGAGGUGGCUGAAUUUUGUCGGAGCGUGUUGAAGGAGCCGAAUGACUUUGCUCCCACUGCAAUGCGACUUUUAUUGCAGACGAAGUGUACAGAUUUUGAUGUUCAAGAUGUCACGAAAUUAGCCAAAGCCAUGGGUCAUCAGAUAUUAGGUAUACUCUUAUUGGAAAUGGUCUCAAUAGAGCGUAACAAGUCAAAGUAUACGUACCAAACGCAAAGUAUGUUUGCGAGCGCUAUUGUUCAGCCGCUGCAUCAUAAUCUCGAACUAUCCAACUUAUACCGAUCAAUUGGCGAAUAUGACGUCGUCGAGUGCAUAUCUCGCAAUUGGAUUCUACCCGCUGGUUUGGAACACUUGCGCGAAGGUUGUAUAGAGGAAGCGGAAGGCGACUGGAUUGCGGCAAAGACUAGAUACGAAAUGGCAUGGGAAAUUCUCGAUGAGACUUGCAGAGAUCACUGCGUGGACGGUUUGCUUCGGUGUUUCGCCGAGCUUUCAUCUUGGACAGAGAUCAACAAAAAAGUAGAAUCUAUCUUAAACAAUGAUUACAACACUAUAUGGCAAAACCCGAAGAAGGACGAUUUACUCCCGUGGAUAUUAACAGGACAGCUGCAAAAAAGGCUCGAUGACAUCGCUACUGGCCGGUCCUCGGCAAUCGACUUUACCGAUCAUUUGGACUCGUGGACCGACUCCUAUGGAACUGGUAUCACAAAACGCUAUGGUGACGAGCUAUGCAUGUUUUAUCUGUGCUCCGGAAAAGAGGAUUCGGAAACAACAGCCCGUCGUUGCUUGCAAGACUGCCUCGAGUACACUUGCGAGCAGUCGGUUCACCCGAUUCAACGAGUCACGAAGCUUAAGAAGAUCCGUGAGUUAGAGGCCUAUUUAAUCACGCUGAGGUCAAAGGAUCUUGCCGGCGCUGCAAAGGAGCUGAUAAAUUAUUGGGAGAAAACGCCGUUGAGUGAGGAAGAUGAUAUUUUGAUUACGAAUCAAUGUGCAAACUUUAGAUUGGCAUUCGCUAAUGUGCUGAUCGAUAAGCUGAAGGAUACAGACGCCGAUUCUGGAGUAUUAAUCGAUGUGCUAUCGGCAAGCCUUAACGAACGUUUGAAAAUCAGCGAGUUGGCAAUUGCGAACCGUAACAGACCAUUAGCAAACAAGCACGCGAUGCGUAUCGAGCGCAUCCUCAGUCAGUUCGAUAAGACCGACGUCCACUACGCAAAACUACGUGCAAACUUCGACCUGACAGCCUCUCGCUACAAAUGCAUGUGCGGCGACAGCGAAAAUAAUCCACCAAGCAAGACCGAUUACUACCUGAACGCAUGGCAACUGGCAGACGCUGUUAUAAAAAAUGAAAGCUAUAAUCUAUCUACUAGAAUUGAGGCAAAGCAACAUAUCGUCGACGUUACCUCGAACCUUCUCUCGAACAUUUCGAGCAGCGUCCACUGCAUCCAGCAUGUGAUGGAAAAUCAAUUCAGUAGGAGUAUUCUUGAUGUAGAGAGAGCCGAUCAAGUUUGGGAGAAGGUUUGGGAUUAUAGAGAGAAGAUGCUAAAGGAUGCCUGUAAAGAAGGAAGUAACAAAGAGAUGGCAGAAAGUUACACGAAAUUCAUAGAGUAUUGUUGUGGAUUAAUUGAUGAGACUAGCGAUCGCAAUCCCUAUCUGCGUGAAGAACUUGUUUCCGCCGUUCUGACAGGUAUGAGCUUGGGGUCAACGAAAGCUGCUAGAUAUUUUUCCCGCCUGCUGAGCACCUCGCUGUAUACGAGUAAAGAUACGCUUAACGCAUUCAUUGAAAAAUGCAAAGCUGUACCUACCUGGCUGUUUUUGUCGUGGCAGGAACAAAUUCAAUCGUGUUUGGUUUCUUCGCUUAUGUCGAUUAUCUUACCAAUCGUUGAAAGAUUAGCGAAAGACUAUCCGAGUGCAAUCAUUUACGAUUUUAGAAGAAUUUGCCAAGACUAUCCGAAUUUGCGAAAUGAUUCAACGAUCGAUAAUAUAUACAAGACGCUAUUCUCCGAAGUAAGAACAGAAACGUUUUUCAAAGCUAUGGAAUAUGUAUGCCAGCCCGAACAAUACCUACAGCACAAUUUGCUAUCACUGCUUCGUUUAGCCAACGAUCGCGAGAUAUUUUUUAAAGCUCUCGAUUCUUUCCUUGAAAAGAUCUCUGAAACGUCGAAUCUAGAUGCUCAUCUGAAAGGUCCUGUAUACAAGGAGGUUUUCGCGGAACACCGAGAUGUCAUCAGGAAACUCAAAACCAUAUCAAACAAUGAAAGGGUUGAAGCGCGAAUACAGAAACUCUGCGCCGAUUUGGACAUAUCUAUGUCGACAAGGCUCAGAAAUCAAAAGUCAAUAAAAUCUUCACAACUAGCUAAUUAUAGUCCAUAUCUGAGCGAUUUUGUAGGAGAAGAUAUAGGUAUGGAGGUUCCGGGUCAGUACAUCGGCGAUAAAAAACCAUUAACACAAUCUCACGCUAUGAUUACAAGGAUAGAGGGUUUAGUUGAAGUUGUCAAUGGAUGUGGAUACCUGAAAAUCAGUCUACUCGGAACGAAUGCACAAAGUAAUGAAUUUCUUGUCAAAAUUGGUGCAGACUUACGAUGCGAUCAGAGGAUGCAAAGGAUUUUCAAACUAACAAAUGAGACUAUGCUUAAUAAUAUCAAAUGUAAGAGAAAAAACUUAUGUAUAUGUACCUACAAUGUUGUACCUCUCUCAAAAUCAAUGGGGCUCGUUCAAUGGAUCAGUAAAUCAAAGUCAUUGAAGGAAUUUAUAAGACUUUGGACACCAAAUAAGUCAGACCUAGACAUAGCAGCAGCUAAAUAUCAAAGUUGGAUAGAAGAAGCCGCAAUCGAUAAAACAUCUUCAAAAAGUGAAAUUCACAAACAGGCUUUAUUAAAAUACGAGGCGAAAGACGUAGUGGCAAAGAUUGACGAACUCUCAGGCAGCUUCAGUUGGGAUCUUUUACGAAAAACUUUUAUGCAGCUGAGUCAAUCGUCGGAGGAUUUCUUCAAAUUACGACAAAAUUUUAUAAGAAAUUACGCAACAAUGUGCGCUAUUCACUGGCUCAUGGGUGUAGGCAAUCGGCGUUUAGAAAAAAUCCUCAUUGAAAAGAAAACGGGAAAAUGUUUUGGUCUAGAUUUUAGUGUAGCUUUUGGUGCAGGAGUUGAUCAACCGAUUCCUGAGCUCGUACCAUUCAGAUUGACCACGCAGAUUCUGGGACUGUUAAGGCCGUUUGGAGAAAAAGACUUGCUUGGAUCCACAAUGAGCUGUGUGCUCGAUUCUCUGAGAAAAGACAAAAACUUGAUUUUAACUUGUCUUUACGCUUAUUUGAACGAACCACUGAAUUGGGAUGAAACGUUAAAUGAAAUAAGGAGGGGAAGCAAUAAAAACACAACAUGGCUAACCGAGAAAAAAAUUCAAAUAGUACGAAAGAAAUUAAACGGCGUUAAGCCUUCGGACGUUACGUUAGAUGAAUUAUUGUGUUCGUUUAAAGGUAAUGAUGUUGAGGAGAAAAAAUAUUUUGCCUUGUACAAGAAUAUUGUGAAUGGCACUGAGCUUCAUCAUUUCACAGCCAGAUCUUUUAUGAGUCAAGCUAUUCUCACACCUGAAGAACAGGUUCUCUGCUUACUGGAUCAAGCAACAGACAAGAACAUACUAGGGCGAAUGCCAACAAAAUGGAUACCUUUCCUAUAAUAUUGCCUCGCACUAAUUAUAAAUUGUGUAUAUUUCCAUAUAUGUAUUAUAAUGUAAAUAGAAAUAUUUUUGAUAUUUUUAGUAGAAAA